GUCUAGCCUGACUCCCUGGGUGGGCGACCUAACACCGCUGCAGCUGUCGGGGCUGCUGGGCACUGUGGUGCGACUUGGGGCGGCGCCUGGGCUGCUGCUGAUGCCGGUGCCGGUGCCGGUACCGCAGCAAGCCAUGGCGAUGACGACAGCGGUGGCAGAGGCGAGACCAGAGCCGAAGGCGCAGCAGCAGCAGCAGCAGCAGCCGGGGUUACAGCGGGCAGGAAGCCCCAAGCCACUGCUGACGCGACCUUCGCUGCCACCGCAGUUGACUACUCUCUCGCCUCCCUUGCGCAGUCCCGGGCCGGGGCAGCAGAGCACAUACCAGCAGCAGCUGCAGCAGCAGCCCCCGCUGUCUUCAAAAGGACACCUGCCAGGUGCCCCUCAGGAGCCGCCGGGAUUGCAGCAGCAGGGCCCACAGCAGCUGCUGCCGCCGCCAGCUCGCCGCCACGACUCCACCCAACAACUCCAGCAGCACCCUGCCUUACAGCGGCAGCAAACCUUGCCACAACAACCCGAACGCCGGUGGGAGCAGGAGCAGCGAGGGGGGCACGAAGGGCAAGAACAACGGUGGGAGCAGCAUCAGCAGCAGCAGCAGCCCAGUGCCUUCCUGAUUGCUUACCUCCAAGCCGUACAACACCUGUUGGACAACCACCAGCACAGCCGUACGACAGCCGAUGCAACCGCCGCGGACCUCAACCCCGGCAGCCUUCUGGACAUCCUAAGCGGCCUCUGUACGGCACAAGUGACUCCGUACUUGUCGUACGAACAUGAGAAGCUGUACGGCAUGAUUCUCUAUCAGUUAAACGGCGCAUUGUCGUACACGCUUUCCCAGCGCAACGGUUUCGCACCUUCGCACAUGGUGGAGAUGCUGCCUGUGUUGGCGGAGAUUGUACGACAGGCUGGAUCUCGCGCCAACGUGCCUGCUAAGCUGGUGUCGGUGAACAUGAAGCUUACAGAGCAGCUGCUGCGGGGUCGGCCGGCGGAAAGGUUGGCGGCGGUUGCAGUUGCCGUGCAGCGCAUGCGUUGGGUGGCGCCUCCCGGCGGCUGGGUUGACCGGCUGUACGACGCACUGGCAUGGCGGCUACACGUCAUCAGCGGUAGCGAGCCGACCGCUGACAGCUCUCACGACCCACGGGUCACUCCGACGGCUGCUGCUGCCCCUGCUACCGAGGCGGGAGUAGCUGUUGCUGCUGCUGCUGCUGAUGGUGCGUUGCAUAACACGCAACCAGCGGCAGACGCGCCAGGAUCGGGUCAGGCCUCAAACGACCACACCAACAGCACCAUUACCACCGCCAGUACCGCCGCCACGGCUGUCCUUCCCCACGACCCGGACGCCUUGCUGCCGCCACCGUCUUCCCCCGCCUCCUCACACCCUCCAGCUCCACCCUCCAGCGGCCACCGCCCCAUCGUGGCCCAGCUGAGCUACAAGCCGCCCCCGCAGCCCGAGCGCCUCUCGCCCUCAGCGAUGUUGGGGCUGCUGGGGGCCGCGGGGCACCUCGCACGGGUAGCCUCCCCGGCACGAAGAGCCGCCGGCGCUGCUGCUGCCUCCACCCCCGCUACUGCGGCUACUGCUGCUGGGGCAUCCCCGGCAGCGGCGGCGGCCGGUGAGGGCGGUGUUUCGGUUGACCCCUGCGGUGUGAUCCCCGGGCCGCUUGCCACCCGACUGGCUGUGUUGCUGGGUGAGCAGCUGGCGGAGGAUGUGUUGGGGGCGGAUGAGGUGCGGGAGCUGGGGCGGCUGGUGUUGGCAGGGACAGGGGCGGGUGGUAGUAGCAGCGAAGAAGGCAGGUGCAGCAGCGGUAGCAGCGGCGGUGGCAGCUGGAGUAGUAGCAACGACAGUGGCAGUGGAGUCAGGGGCGGUGGGGCACACAGGAGCGAGGACGGCAGUAGCAGCAGUGACAGCAGUGGCAGUAGCAGCAGCAACAGCAACAGCAGUGACAGCAGCAGCAGCGGUGGCAGCAGCAACAACAGGAGCUCCGCGCUGAUGCUUCUGGACUUGUUAGACGGCAGCAUCUCCCCGGGUUCCGUGGACUGCAUGGAGGGGGACAUGGGGGGCUUGGGGGCAGCUGCGUGCAACCAACACAAGCGGGUGCACGCCGCUGAUAACCCCGACGACGUUACCGCCGCAGCCAGCAACGCUGCCAGCACCCAUGCAGCCCAUGCAACCACCCACCAGCCGCCUGGCCACGGUGAAACGCAUCCCUCCACAACCCCAGCAGCAUCCCAGGCAAGGAAACGCAGUCAGGCCGAGUCCCGCAUCCAGAACAUCAUCUUGGGAGCCUUGGAACACGCCGUUACGACACAGCUGCGAGACGGACGGCUGCGGAGGCGGAACGCCGUACACCUCUCCCGUAUGCUGACGCGGGUGUUGGGUAGACCACCGUCAGCGGCUUGGUGGGAUGCCGCGGCAGCUGCUUUGUCGGAGCGCAGCGAAGCAGCGCUUGCAUGCGUCCUCCAUCACAAAAGCACCGCCUCAGCAGCUUCUGCUGCACCGGCAACAGCAGCAAAGGCACUGCCACAGUCCCCUGUGACCUCAGCUGAUGAGCCUACGUCGCCUGCAUUACGUGACCGGGAGCAGCGUCCCGCCUACCCCGACAAGCUAGCCCUUGCUGCGCUUCAAGCCGCCAACGACCUUCUCGAUCUGCUGGAGGAGCGUACGACAGUCAACGGGGGCAGCGACGGCUACAAUCUCGUCAGCAGCAGUUGCCCCUGUCGUACGGACGAAUGGUGGCUGCAGGUCUCGGCCGCUGCGGGGGUUUGCAUCACGCGUUAUAACAGCAUUCAGCGUCCUUCCAGGGAUGUGGUGGCACCGCCGUCGUCGCCGCAUGGAGGCCGCUGGCAGUGGUGGCGUCGGCCCGAGGUACUGCAGCGGAAUGCCCCGGCGGCAGUGAGCAUCGCAAGAGACGACGCUCGGUCCCUGUUUCCCUCGAGUGAGGCGGUGGAGCAGUUGGUGAGGUACGCGCAGCACCUGAGCCGUUUCAUCAACCAGCAACGUGCGUUAUCCGCAUCCCAAGCCACGUCAUCGCCGCCGCGGCCCCAUCGGGAAGGGCCUCUGCCAGUGACAGCAGCGACGGUGAUGGCCUCAGAAGCGGUAAUAUGGACGCGAGCGCUGACGUAGCUGGUGCGGUGGCGCCAGCAGCUGCAACGGAAUCGCCAGCGACGCUCACCGCUACUGCUGCUCCUGCAGACGCUCCUGCUGCUGCUGCUGCAGAUGUUGCAGAUGCUGCAGACGGGUGCCUGGGGGGGCCGGGCGCCCAUGUACCCCCGGUGGCUCAGCAGCUGCAGGAAGGACAGCAGCAGGCGCUGACACAGCAGCUAGUGCCGCAAUCACAGCGACAGCAACAGCAGCAAGAGCUAAUGCAGCAACAGCAGCAGCCAGAAGUGCUAGAGCGGCAAGAGCAGCUGCAGCGCGUAGAGGAGGCACAGCAUCGGCUGCAUCCCUCGCCUCCGCAGCAGCAGACGCACCGCGGACGGGUUUCGCAGCACCGUAACUUCUUCACUCGCCUCUUCUCCAUGCUGCUGCCUGCUAGCCAGGGCAGCCACAGCAGCAGGCAUCGCGGCAGCAACAGCAGCAGCGGCGGCAACAGCGGCAACAACAACACUGGUACGACAGCUGCAGUACAUAACCAUCAACAUCAAGCUGCGGGCGAGGGUGGGGAACGAGGGACCAAGGGCGGCCUCCUCGCCUCCCUGUCGGCUAGUCAGCUGGUUAGGCUGGCGGAGGUGCUCGUGCACUCGCGCUUUCAGCCGCUGCGGUUUGGGUACUUGGCCGACUGGCCGGAGGCAUACAUGCAUGCGAUCCGCUCCCAGCUGCCGUACCUCUCCCCCGCGGAUUGCUGCAUGGUGGUGCGGGCGGUGGCGUGUCAGAGCUGGCAGCCGCGCGAGGAAGUGAUGGAUGAGCUGGCGGCGGGCGUGGCGGCGAACGGCGGCCUCGCUCACCUCUGUACGGCGUACGGCCCCACCGCGCUCGUACAGCUGCUGUCGUGGCUUGCCUUCGCCAGCUUCCUGCCCGCUGACGACUGGAUGGACUCCUUCUGCCGCCAGCUGGAACCACAUCUGGGCCCGCCGCCUGGGGAAGAUGAGGAUGACGAGGGGGAAACAACCAGCGGAGGAAGCGCCAGCAGCGGAGGCGCACACGGCCCUGGGAGCAGCGGCGGCGGCUGCGUUGACAACGUUCCCAGGUGCAGCAGUAGUGGCGGCAGCAGCGGCAGCAGCGGUGGC